AUGCCACAGAUACUCUUCCCUACACCACCAAGGCAAACGUUGUUCGCCAUUUUCGCUCUUGCACUUGGUUUCACCCUUUCAGCGGCAUCGGAAUAUCAUGACAGAACUACCCUCGAUGGCAACAUUGCCAAUGAUGAUCUCCCAAAUUAUCUGAUUGUAGGCGCUGGUGGAGGGGGUCUUCAAAUGGCGUUGUUUCUGGAACAGGCCAAUCUAUCUUAUCGCAUCCUCGAAAAAGAAGACAGUGCGGGCUAUUUUUGGACUCGGUUCCCUCGCUUUGGCGAGUUAAUCUCCGUCAACAAGUGGACACGAAAUGCAACUCAGCAAUGGCGCUUUGACUGGCACUCUUUGCUCCAAGCUCCUAUUAGCAUGCGCAAUAUCACUGACGAGUACUUUCCUCAAGGCCGGGAUUGGCAUCAGUACAUGGCCGAGGUGGUGGAAUUGGCGCAUUUCAACGUGGAGUAUGGUGUCACUGUAACUUCCAUUUCCAGCACCAGGCCAUGUGUGACAACUUUGACAGGCACUACUCACUGUUCUCGGCAAAGAGUCUUUGUGGGAACCGGCCUGCGAGAAAAACCAGAGCCUGCUUUGAGGGCCAUGGGCGGCAUUCCCUACAGCCAAAUGACCAAAGCCUUGGCCUACCACAAACGUCUUUGCAUCCUGGGCAACGGCAAUUCAGCCUUUGAAGUGGCUCAAAACACAUUCGGGGUUGCUGAUCGUAUAUCUGUCAUAGGAAAACAUGCCUAUCGAUUGAGUUCCGUUACCAGGUACACGGGUGAUGUUCGAGUCAAGUUCCUGCAGAGCGUUGAGAACUACUACGGGAAGCUUUUGGAUUCCGUUGUCUUUGUCCCUGAAGUAGUUGACAUGGAAAAUAAGGAGUUUCAGAGUCUCUUGACAACUACAGCUUGGUUGGAACAGUUGCAAUGUGAACGAUUUGUGAUUGCCACAGGAUUUCAAUCUACUGUUCCAGGAAAACAUUUUGAUUCUCGAUUCCCACCCACCAAUGAGUGGUACGCUGACGUUGACAACUCAAAUGUGCACUACUUGGGAUGGCUCAUGCAUGAGCGGGACUUUCAGCGAGGUGCAGGAGGCUUUCUCUCGGGGUAUCGAUACCUCGUCCGCAAUCUAUUUCAUCAUGUGCAUGAAGCGGAUCACGGGGUGCCAUAUCCCCAUCAUGAACAGCUGACCGUCGAGCAAGUUGUAGAAAAGGCAAUUGCACGCAUUCAAACAGCAGAUGAUUUGAUCAUUCUGCAAGAUGGAGUCGUCAUUAGAGAUGUCAUUGUUUUACCAGACGGUUCAGAAGUCAGCGACAAUCCAUUGUAUGAAUAUCAUGAAGGCGUCACUUAUCAUUUUCAUGAAGAACAGUUCGGGCAUCGUCGUCUUGUUCACCUCUUCUUUGCAUGGGGUGACAGUCGGUCAGCUGACAAGGUCUUUGACUCACACCAUCAUUUCUCGGAUAGCAAUGGUCUGGUGAACGGGUUCUUGCACCCGGUUGUUGAAGUACAGACCGCAGAUGGACCCCUACAGCGGCACGUUGUCGAAGAUCUAUUCAUGGAGUGGCGUCGACCCGGCUUUGGUUCGGCCAUUGAAAAAGUGAUUCGAAAUGCUUUGAUGGGAAAUCUGCAGGAAUUCAAGGCUCCAACAAAGCUAAAGUAUGAGCGAUCAGCUUUGAACAGCGACAGUGCAAUUCCGUUUCAACGGCAGGACCGAAACGAACCAAAUAUGUCAGUCACUCUGGAGCAUAUGUCUGCUCUCAAACAGGCAGUAGAGACAGGCUACUCGCCAGAAGCACUGGACAAGCUACGGAGGAUCACUCCACGAAGGUUGCCACAUUUGAUAUCCUUCGCAGGAGAAGGAGAGAGCCAAGCACAAUGCAAUCCACAUGACGUCAAAUGUGACACCACAUAG